UAUUUUGUCGGGUUAGGCGAUGCCCUGUGUAAAUGUUUGUGUUGCUCUUCAGUCUCCGCCACCCGCUCGAGCUAUGGACGCCCUGCUCCACGCUUCAUCAUCAAUGGCCAAGCGACCUUGUCCCUCCCAAAACCCUAGAUUCCAAAACCUUCAUCAAGUGGACCAUCUCCUUGAAGCAUUCCUCACCCUCGCUGAAUUCCCCUCUUUCUCCCUCCAUCUCUCCCUGGAUAGGCUUCUUCACUCAUUGCCCGCUGAUGCCGAUCAGACACUUCUCAUCGAUCGCGCCCUUAAAAUGGGCUCCGUCCUUCUCGACGCUGCCAACCACUCCUCCAGAAAGCGUGCUUCCUCCCACAAUUCCCUUGCCUGGCCUCUUCCUCCUGACCUUACCAUCAAGGUAUUUUCAAUGCUUGAUACCCAGAGUCUAUGCUUUGCUGCGGCAACCUGUUCAUUCUUUCACAAAUGCGCUAAGGACCCUUUGUGCUAUUCAAAUCUCGAUUUGACAACAAUUGUUCCGAAGAUUAACAAUGCAGUAGUUUCCUCAAUGAUUCAGCGAGCUGGAAAGGCCCUACGGUCUCUUAAGCUUGGUGUGGUCCCUGGUGCUACUGCUUUGCCUGGAUCUCAGCCAUUGGCUUACACCAUCAGAAAUACUAUUGCAGACGUAUCUAACUUCUCAUGGAAUGAUAAGAGAUCCCGACAGGGGAGAGAGUCAUCCAUUCUUACAAGAUCCUGUUUGACCCCUUUAAAUGGGAAUAAUGGUGCCCCAGGGGCUUUUUUGAGAAAGUUGCACGUGUAUAAUAUUGAGAGAAUGGACAACGCAUCCCUUGCUGGGGCAUUAUCAGCCUGCCCAUCUCUCCUUGAUCUGGAAAUUGUUGGGCUUCAUGUUGAACUGAGGCAAACAUUAGUGUCAAUUAGUGCAAAUUGCCACUUGAUUGAGCGUUUGUUUUUUGAGUCUUCAAAAACAGGUAGGGAUGACAGUUUGAAAACACCAACCUGCAUGGACCUUGUAAGCAAGUGUCCUCAUCUAACUUCUUUGUCACUGAGAGGGUUUAAGCUACAUGACUGUAAAGUUCGCAUAUUGGUUAAGGGACUUAGGAAACUGAAAUAUGUUGAUUUUUCAACAUCUUAUUUUAUCACUGGAAACUUCUUGAGAAACCUUGGAAGCAGUACUAAUGGGACUUUGCUCGAAGUCUUAAUUUUAAGGGAUUGCAUGCAUCUGAAAGAGCUAGAAGUUGCUAGGUUGUUGACAGCAAUUCUUGCUGGCGAUUUCAAGUCCCUUGUACAUCUUGAUAUAUCCAAUAGGGAAGGCUUAGCAUCUGAGGGUGACUGGUAUCAUAGGUGCUACAACUCUAGCAUCAUGCCAAUAAAGCAGGUUUUGGAAGCAAGGUCUAAUAUGUGUUUGCUUGCUGAAUAUCCGUCAGAAGGAAGUUAUGUCGAGCCUUUUGAUGCUGAAUUAAAUAGUGACAUAAGUCUACCAUCACAAUUGAGUAGCCAUACUUCAGAUGGAUCGAAUUUUAUGAGUACAUCUGAGAGCAGCUACAAUACCGAUCAUGGUAGUGGCAAUGAGGACGGUCAAGAUGCCAGCUAUGUGAUUUAUGGUGAAAGUUCGGAUGAGAUAGACUAUUUUACUUUGUAGGGGAUGCUCAGUGUAUGGAAAUUACUGGACAAGGCAACUAUUUUAUAAUUUCGGUACUCUCUCUCUCUCCCUCCCCCCACCCUCUUCGCGCGCGCGCGCGCGUGUGUGUGGAAAACGAAUUCUGUAAGUUUUUUCCUUCUAUUCGGUAGUAGGCCCCCUUUCUAUUUAUUGAAAGCAUUCACAAGGAUAGGUUAGCUUUGUUUCGUAGGUUGACUUGAAGGCUUAUCAAGGAACAGAUAGGAUGUUUUGGAAUGCCUUGGCUGCCAUGUGACAAGUUGCAUCUAGUCUUUCCAUGUCCAUGCUUAUUCCCAUAGAUAAAGUGUUCGGAAGCCUUUUUUUCCCCAGGGAAACUAGUGAUAAUACUUUGUUUCACCUGCGUUAUCAAUUAUCGAGAAUAAAUGGUACAACAUAAUGCUUUAAAGUCGGUUGUAUUGCUUGCAGUCUGUGUUUCCUUUACAACUCAUUCAAUAUUUGGUUAGUAUGCUUUUCCCCUCCACUUGCUGCAAUUCUAAAUGUCUGUGCUUUAUGUUUUAAGAACUAGGUGAGCUGUGGAGAACCAGGAUAUUGACUUGUGGACAGUGGAUUUUUCUUCAACUUAUGCUUUGUCUUCAUUGAAGUUAACAACUGCGGGCUUUUGAAUCUGCAGGAAGCUUGGAGGUUGAUUUACGUUACUAUAGCUGGUCUAUUUUUCAUGGAUCAUCAGAGCAACGGUCAGACCCCCUUGUGGCCUUUUAGUUGGUCUAUUUUUCCAUAUUUGCAUGAAUGCAAAUGUUUUGGUACUUUUGGGGCUGCCAUCCUCUUCCACCGCUUCUAAAAUAGGUAAUAAAAUCAUUUUUCCUCUGGAUUAGUUUAUAUAACCGUGGAGAUCGUCAAUUUGUAUAUCUGUGUACUUCCACCGAACUGGGAAGUGCACUAGCAGAAUCAGUGGAAACAAUUAUCAUGCUAUAUAUUCUUAACCGGAGAUAUCUUCCAUGCCAAUAGAAAAUGAUGGGAUUGAACAAUGACGA